CAAGUUAGCACUAGCUUGCUAACGAUACAGUAUUGUAACUAGGAUAGCUUGUGCCAGAGACUCCUUCUCGAUUGUUAUUUCGAGUUAAGCUCCACGCCAUGGCCAACCCGUUGCGGGGUGAAGUUAUCAAACUUUACAAGAACCUCCUAUAUCUGGGGAGAGAAUAUCCCAAAGGAUCCGUGUACUUCAGAGAGCGCCUGAAGAAUGCCUUCAUGAAGAACAAGGAUGUGACAGAUCCUGAGAAGAUCAGGAAGCUGGUGGACCGUGGCGAGUUUGUCAUCAAGGAACUGGAGGCUUUGUAUUUUUUGAGAAAGUACAGGGCCAUGAAACAAAGAUACUAUGAGCCUGAAUACUAAGAAACAGACUGUUUGAAAGUAUUUCAUGAAACAUCUACUUGCAGAGUAAAUGCCUGUCCAAGGAAAAGAAGCCAAUCCCAGUCUUUCCAAACAGCUUGAGCAGGUAACCUUGCAAGGCAAUCAUUUUAUACAUGAGUGCUACAGAACAGACGUAAUAAUGGAUUUAAUCUCAGCCACUAAAUGCCUAUAAUUUGUAUUCUGUAUGUUCAGACAUGUCAAAUCUAUUCGCUGUUUAAUGUAUUUGAUGUUGGACAUUUUUUGAAGAUAAUAUUUCAAAUGAAAGUAUUUAUUUGAAAUAUAAAAAUACACAAUGAUUUCUCUGUU